UACAACUCUGAUGGAGUACACACAGUGUCAUACCGAGAGACCAGAGUCAGGUGAGCUGAAUCAACAAAUGUGGCAAAUACUGGACAUGGUGAAAGUAUUCCCACUUUGUCAACUUUUCAUAUUUUUCUUUACACAAAAACCACAACCUUCUGUAUACUAUAUCAGGAAAUCAGAAAAGUGUUGUUAUAUUUAUGUUCAACUCCCUUCACUCUGACGCCCCUACAUUAAAUCCAGUGUAACCACCUGCCUUCAGAAGUCAGUUUAUGUAUUUCAUUUUUAAUUCAGCUGUUCUGUGAAGGCCUCAGAGGUUUGUUAGAGAACAUUAGUGGAAAAAAAGCGUGAUGAAGAACAAUAAACAGAGAUAAAGUUGUGGAGAAAUAUGUUCUAAAAGCUCUGAACAAUUCAUGGAUCAUCCAUCAUUGUGGUGGCAGCAUCAGGCUGCGGAAAUAGUUUUCUUUAGCAGAGACAGAGAAUGUUGGUGAGAGCUGAUGGAAAGAGGAACAAGGUUAAAUAAAAGACAAUCCCGGUAGAAUUCUCUAAACUUUGUGUUCGCAUCAAUGGGAAGUCCCAUCAAGACACCUUAACGUUUGUGGUUAUGAUGUGAUGACACGGGGGAAUGUUAAAGGGGAGGGAAUACGUUAGCAAAGCACUGUAAAUGUUGAUUACAUCUUUACAUUUGUUCCACCACGGGCCGAGCAGUAGGCGUAGAAAACGUCUUCCUGAUCAGACAGAAACAACAGAGGUCCCUUUAGAAAACAGCAGCAGCAGCAAUGAGGACCCUAUGAAGUACACGCUGAAGCAUUUUUGUUUAAGCGUCAUCUUCAUCUCCUUGUAUUAUGGAUUUACCUGCCUGAUUCCUGAUUACCCUAGACCUUCAGUUUCUUCACCAGCUACCAUAAACACGGUCUCAGUCCCUGCAUGGGCCGAUAAGUUAAAGGAGCUGGAGGAGGAGCUGCUGAGGCUGAAGAACAUGGCUGACUACCUUCUUCCAACAGCAGAUUCGUUGCCCAACUUUGCUCUAGAAUCGCAAGGAGCAAAGGUUUUUGGCUGGAAGUCCUCUGACACGUAUAAGAGCCAAGAAGUAGUGUACAACUGGUUCGGAUUUUCCAUACGACGGCCAGGCGUUGGCCCUGGCGUAGUUAUUCAGGGAAAAUCCCGCAUGCUUCCAGGGCGAUGCUGGGCCUUCGCAGGUUCCCGGGGACAUCUGACCAUCGCCCUGUCCCACAGAGUCACCAUCAGUCACGUCACCCUGGGUCACCUGCCCAAGUUCUUGUCCCCGACCGGGACCAUUGGUAGUUCUCCCAGGGAGUUUUCUGUCUACGGAAAGAGGGACUUAGAAGAUGAAGGGACUCUUCUGGGAACUUUUCUCUAUGAUGAAGAUGGAAACCAGCUUCAGACCUUUAAGCUACCGGGCAACCGAAAAGGGGCCUUCAGCUUCGUAAAACUUCAGGUCAACAGCAACUGGGGCCACCCUGAGUAUACGUGCAUUUACAGCUUUAGAGUUCACGGAGAGGUGGAACAAUGAGCAGGAGGACAAAGAGGGUGGAUAGAGGCUAGUGAGUAUAGGUGCAGGCAGGUAUAUGUGGAGGAGAAUUGGACGGAAAAUGUCAAACCUUUUGUGAA